AUGGCUGAAGCGAUUUCCGUCGCAAUUCGUUUUAGGCCUCUAAGCGACGUCGAGCGAUCAGAUGGCACCCCGUGGUCCGUUCAAGGGAACAAGAUUCAGUUGUCCGAUAGCAGAGGGAACGUCGCUGCAGAAUACGCUUUUGAUAACGUGUUCGAUGGAAGCGCGACGUCUGAGGAGGUCUUUCAGAGCCGCGCGUGCGAGAUCGCUAAAGCUGUUGUCGAUGGCUUCAACGGGACUAUUUUCGCCUACGGUCAAACGAGCAGCGGCAAGACGUUCACCAUGAGAGGCGUGCCUGCGUGCGAAGGCGUCAUCCCGCUUUCCGUCCGUCAGGUCUUCGACACCAUCUCCCAGACAAUGAACCGGGAGUUUCUCCUUCGAGUCUCGUACCUCGAGAUUUACAACGAGGAGAUCAACGACCUACUGGCUCCCGACAACAGGAGGCUUCAAAUUCACGAGAGCUCCGAGUUGCGGAUGGUUUUCAGGGGCUAUUGUUGGAGAUGUGUUGAUUCUGACGGCACGUGUGUGGCUGUGGGUGUGCCACGUGCAGCGAAUCGGUCCAUUGGAGAGACGAAGAUGAACGAGAAGAGUAGCCGCUCCCACGCCAUCUUCCGUAUGGUGCUUGAAAGCAGGGAGAUCCCGGAGGAAGGGGCUACAGAGACAGAAAGUCCUGUUCUCGUCUCCAGUCUGAAGUACACCAAGAAGCAUUCGUUUAGAGAGUCACGGCCCUCGCUUAUGCAUGCGCCCCUCACGUUCCACCCUCCUCACGUUCCACCCUCCUCACCACCCUCUCCACCUCAGAACUUGGUUGACCUUGCCGGGUCAGAACGGGUGGCGAAGACAGGUGCGGAGGGGUCGCGGCUGAAGGAGGGCGCGCACAUCAACAAGAGCCUGAUGACUCUGGGGACGGUGAUCAACAAGCUGAGCGAAGGCGCGGAUAGGAACGGGGCGCACAUCCCGUACAGAGACAGCAAGCUGACGCGCAUCCUGCAGCCAGCACUGGGUGGCAACACCAAGACAGCCAUCAUCUGCUGCGCCACUCCCGCCCUGAGGCAUGAGGACGAGACGCACGGCACUCUGCGGUUCGCCCUUAGAGCAAAGUGCAUCACCAAUUGCGCCAAAGUCAACGAGGUAAUCCUUACAAUCAACGCUUUGCUCAAGAGGCAGGCGAAGGAGAUCGAGGGCCUUCAUGUACCCUUGCCCAUGUGCUGCCUGUCGCUCACCAAGCUGCCCACUGAUGAUGCCCUGUCUGCAUUUGUUCCACUGCAGAUCGUCACCAACAAUGCGCUGAUCAAGAGGCAGGCAAUGGAGAUCGAGGACCUUUGUAUCGUCACCAACAACGUGCUCCUCAAGAGGCAGGCGAAGGAGAUUGAGGACCUGCGGCGCAGGCUGGAGGCAUCCCACUCGCCUGAGAUGGAGCAGGAAAUCAUGAAGCUGCGCAACGCCAUGCUCAAGAUGGAGUCGGAGAAGGAGGUGAUAGCGCUGCAGCUGCAGGAGGAGAGGGCGGCGCACUCACAGAAGGAGCAGCGCAUCAAGGAGCAGGAGAGGAAGAUUGAGAACCUCAGCACGCUCGUCAUCAAGGCGGCUGCAGGGGACAGGCAGAACGACAGGCGGCCAAAGAAGUGCAAUCGCAGGGAGUCGUGGUGUCCCAACGCUCGAGUGGAGAGCAGCCCAGCUGAAAACAAGGAGAACCAGCCUGGGGGAAUCAAGCGCCUGGCGUUCAUGCGCCGUGCCAUGGCCUUCAAAGAGGACGAUGAGGAAGAGGAGGAUGAGAAGGACGAGAAAGAUGCAAAGGAUGAGAAGCCAGAGAAGGUUCAGGAGGUGAAUGGGGCCGUGAGGAAGAGGCGGAUCAGCAGCGUGCAGAAGCUGGCAGCUCUGUGGGAGACGAGCGGGCCCAAGGAGGUUAAAACAGAGGAGGAGGAAUCGGACGGGGGUCAGGAUGGCCAGGUGUUUCAGAGUAAAGGGCGGUUUGAGUCUAAGGUCUCCCAGGAUGAGAGUGCUCGUGAUGGGUCAAAGAAGAGGCGGGCUGCGCCGGGCUUUGGGGAUAAAGUGAAAGAGGAGUCUUCGCCAGUGGCAAAAAAACCUCUACGUGGUGUGACCAUCAGCAGCACCCUGUCAGCUCAAUGGAGCGAAGGGCAUGCAAAGCAGCUGGCAGAGAAGGACGCGCUUAUAGCACAGCUGCAAGCACAGGUAGCCGCCAUGCAGGCCACAGUGAGCAGCGGAGGAGGAGGCACAGGAAUAAGCACAGACGGAGGAGGAGCAGCGCUGAUGGUCGCAGGCAGUGGUGCAGACACGAGGAGGGAGGUGGGAGAGGGAGGGGAGGAGAAGGAUCAGGAGGCGUUGGGUGCAGGGUUGGGCCAGGAGAGGCGGUCAAAGAGCAUGGGCACUCCGGCUGUGCUGGCGCACGGGCUUCAGGCUAAGCUUCAGGAGGAGCUUGAGGAUUGCAAACGGCAGCUAGAGGAGGCACAGGCAGCGGCCAAGGCAGACACUCCCCCCUGCGACAACUGCAGCGCACUGAAGAAAGCUCUUGAAUCAGCCAACUCUCAGCUCUACGAAACAGAGCAUCUGCUACAGGAAGCCACCGCUGAAGCAGCUCAAGCGAGAUCCGGCCCAGCAGGAGCAGCGGGUCAGCUGAUGGAGAAGCAGAGGGAGCUGGAGGCGGCUGUGUGGGAGGCGACGCAGAUGAAGCGGCGGGUGGAGGAGCUAGAAGCGAAUGUGAUUGCAGUGGAAGGGGUGCUGCUGGAGGUGAGCGGGGAGAAGGACGCCUUGGAGGAGGAGGUGGGCCGACUGAAAGCUCUGCUGGCGGAAGGGAAAGCGGGGGGAGGAGGGGACGACGCGGCUGGGAAGGGAUGUGAUGUGAGUGGGCUGGAGGAGACGGGGAGGUUGAGGGAGGUGGUGGAGGCGAGGGAGAGGGAGCUGACGUCCCUCCGUGACGCUGUGAGGAGGCUGCAGGCGGAUGUUGCUCAGGCCCUCGGGGAGAGUCUUCCUCCUGCAUGUGGCGGUGGGGAGCCUGGUGCAGCUGCUGGGAGGGCAGUGGUGGGGGAGAUGAGGGACCUGUGCGCGGCUGUAGGGCGGGUGAUCUCGACCUUAGACGCUGCAAGGAGUGAGACGGAGCAGUUGGGACUGCAACUGAAGCAAGCGGGGGAGAGGGAGGCAGAAAGCGAGAGGAAGCUGGCAGAGGCUACAACAACUGCAGCAGCAGAGAGCGCCACGCAGCUGGCGCAGGUUCAGUUGCAGACAAAGGGAGGAGCGGAAGAGGUAGAGGUGGUAACCAGGCUGCAAGCGGAGUUGGAGGAAGCAGGGAGGGAGCUGGAAAGGGCAGUCGCAGCUCGGGAUACGGUGGAGCUGAAUCUGUUGACUGCGAGACGAGAGGCAGAUGCGAGGGCUGCUGAGAGUGCAAGGCAGGUGGGGGUGUUGGAGGAGGGGAUUAGGGUGCUGGAAGGGGAUGUUGAGCGGGAGAGGGUGGAGAGGAGGACGUGGGAGGAGAGGGUGGGGGAGAGAGAGGGGGAGGUGCGGAGGGCGGUGGGGGAGAAAAGGGAGGCGGAGGAGAGGUUGGAGGGAGUGAGAAGGGAGGUGGAGGAGAUGAGUGCGAGGGUGGGGGAGAAAGAGAGGGAGCUGGCUGCUGUGCAAGAGGAACUCAAGCUGGUGCUGAAAGAGAAGGACGCAGCAAGCCAGAGGGCGGACCAGGUGGCAGCAGAGCUGGACGCGGCAAAGGCCUCAGCAACUGAAGCUCAACUACAGCUCGAGGCGUGCAAGCUGCAGCACACAGAGGACCUGGCAGAGGCACGCAAGGAGCUUCUCACAACCAAGAAGGAGAUGAGCUCCCUCAAGGGCAAGCCAGGGGCAGCCGAGCGGGAGCGGGACCAGCUGAGGAAAGAAGCAGAGAAGCGGAAAACCAAGAUGCUGGAUCUAGAGGCGAAGCUGAAGGCUGUACAGGCGGAGAAGCUUGGUCUGCAGGUGGAUAAGGCAAACCUGGAGCGCGAGGUGAAGAGCCUGAGGAACCAGAGCAACCAGCUGGCGAGGGAUCUGAGCAAGCGGGAGCAGGUGGAGGAUAAGCGGAGGGAGGUGCAGGCGAAGGCUGUGCAGGCGGAUAGGCAGCUGGCGGCGAUGGCGGUGGAGAUUGAGGAGAAGGACAGGGCGAUUGCGGACCUUCAGGCAGCGUUGGAGGCAGCAGAGGGCGAGAGGGACGAGCUGAGGCUGAGGGUGGCGGCGGCAGUGGAGGAGAGCGAGCAGCUGCAGGCAGAAGUGGACGCGGGGCAGGCGGAUCUGCAGGAGGUGCUCGCGGACUUUGAGACGGCCACCACGCAGAUCAAGGCGCUGCAGGAGAUCCGGCAGGAGCUGACGGAGCAGUGUGAGGAGCUGGAGAAGGGCAAGGCGGAGGCAGAGGCAGCUGGGAAGGAGGCAGAGGAGAAGAUUGUGGCGCUGCAGGCGAGGAUCCAGCAGGUAGAGGAGAAAAAGCGGCAGCUGGAUGCGGACAUUGCUGCAGCAAGGAAGGAGCACGCUGAGCUAUCCGCACAGCACAAGGAGGCACUCCAGGAUCUGGAGAAGGAGAAGGCGAGAGUGGCCAAUCUGGAGCACGACCUCAGAGCAGAGAGGGCCAAGAGCGAGCGGCUUGGAAAGCAGCUGGCCGAGGCGGAGAAACAGAGGGAUGAGCUGCAGCAGGUGCUGGAUUUGAAGGAGGAGGCGUGGGAGGAGAGGGAGGAGAAGGAGAAGCGUCUGCAGCAACUGGAGCUGGACGUGAAGCUGUACGAGGCGAACCAGAAGGAGUACCUCAUGCAUAUUGAGUCGCUGGAAAAUCAGCUUCAAGCAAAGGAGAACCAGCCAAGAGGUUCUUUGACUGGACAUGGCGAUAAAGUCUGUCAGAUGAGCAUAGCUGUGGGUAAGAAUGGUGUCUCGCCAUCUCCCAAGAGGGCUCGCCAACCACUAACAAAUCUAUACUAG